AGGCGGUGGGCGCCCGCGGCCGGCCCACAAUGAGGACAGCGGGCCGCGGUGAGUAAGCGGCGGGCGGGCGGCCGGCCGGGCCGGGCCACGCGGGGCGGAGGCUGCGCGGGCAGGUCGGGGCAGGCUGGCCGGGCGGGGUCGGGAGCCGAGUCCGCAGGUCUAGCCGCGCCGGAGCGGAGCGAGGACACCGAGGCCCCGCCCCGGCCGCCGGUGGCGCCCCGACCUCCGAGCCGCGCCGCAGACACAGCCGGAAACUGGCCCUGCCGGAGCCCGAGCGCCAGCCUAGGGACACCUGACUGCGAGUCGGAGCCACACGAACCGGAGCCCGAGUCCGAAUCCGAGACCCAGUCCGGGCCGUCCGAGCCCGGCCUGCCAUGGCGGGGCCGCGGGGCGCGCUCCUGGCCUGGUGUCGCCGCCAGUGCGAGGGCUACCGCGGCGUGGACAUCCGCGACCUGAGCAGCUCCUUCCGGGACGGCCUGGCUUUCUGCGCCAUCCUGCACCGGCACCGGCCCGACCUGCUCGACUUCCAAUCUCUCUCCAAGGAAAAUGUCUUCGAGAAUAACCGAUUGGCCUUUGAAGUGGCUGAAAAGGAGUUGGGCAUCCCUGCUCUCCUGGACCCCAAUGACAUGGUCUCCAUGAGUGUCCCUGACUGCCUCAGCAUCAUGACCUAUGUGUCCCAGUACUACAACCACUUCACCAGUUCUGGCCAAGCUGCUGCCUCACCACCUAAACCAGGAAAGGACCCAGCACCCCCCUCCCCCACAUCCACAUCACCCGAUGUGCAGCCAGGAGAGGAGGCUCAGGGUGAUGACCUCUCCCCAGACAGCCUGACUGAGCAGGGCAAGCAGCAGCCCCCCAGCAGCGCAUGCGCAGCCUGUGGGCAGCGGGUGCACCUGGUGCAGCGGCACUUGGUGGAGGGUAGGCUGUACCACCGGCACUGCUUCCGAUGUCGGCAGUGUUCCAGCACGCUGGUCCCAGGCUCCUACAGUAGUGGGCCCGAGGAAGGCACCUUCGUGUGUGCAGAACGCUGCCCCAGGCUGGGUCCGGGAGGCCGGUCAGGAACUAGGCCCCUUUCCCAGCAAAAGCAACAUCCGGCAGCAGAAGCCAAGGACUCAGAGGAUAGCGACCUGAGCCUGAGUGUGGCUGCGGUGGCUGAGGCGGAUGGGUCCCAGGCCAGCUCCGAGGUACAGCCCCACACCCUGACCAAGCCACCUCUUCCGAGCAAGCCCCAGGAGCUGGCCAGUCCCCCUGUUGGCCGGCCCACACCUGCCCCCAGGAAGGCUUCCGAGAGUUCAGCCUUAACUCCCCCAACGCCUCGGCCUCGGUCUAGCCUCCAGCAAGAUGGCAUGGUGGAGCAGAAUGUCAGCGGAGGGCUUGUGAACGGAAGACUACAGGAACCGCCUGUUCCCAAGCCAAGAGGGACACCCAAGCUGUCAGAGAGGAUGUCAGCACCACGGAAAGACCCCCCAUGGAUCACACUGGUGCAGACAGAGCCAAAGAAGAAGCCAGCCCCACUGCCCCCUGGCAGCAGUCCUGGGCCACUGAGUCAGGCCUGCAGGCAGGUGGAGAACGGAGGUCUGGAGGAAAGGACCCAGAAAAGCCCAGGAGCUGAGCCGGAGCCCAAGCCCUACAACCCCUUUGAGGAGGAAGAGGAAGAAGAGUCUGCCCCAGCAGUACCCAGCCCUGCUCCAGCCCCACCAGUACCCAGCCCUGCCCCAGCCCCAUCAGAAGCCACCCCUAAGUCCUUGCACCCCUGGUACGGCAUCACCCCCACCAGCAGCCCCAAGACAAAGAAGCGCCCUGCCCCGAAAGCACCCAGCGCUUCCCCACUUGCUAUCCACACCUCACGCCUGUCGCACUCAGAACCUCCUUCAGCUGCACCGUCACCAGCCCUUAGUGUGGAGAGUCUGUCGUCUGAGAGCUCCAGUCACCCCACCAAUGCAGAGCCUUUGGAGCUGCCUGCUGUACCCAAGAGCUCCUCAGAUCCUGCUGUGCAUGUGCCUGGUACUCCUGGCAUAUCUGGGAACUCUGUCACCCCCUCUUCCCUGUUGUCUUCUGGGGAGCUAGGGCAGCCUAGUGGUGAACAAAUGCCACAGGCCAGGACAAAGGGCAACUCAGGCACCCCUUCUACCAAGCCCUUCAGUGGUGCCACCCCAACCCCCUUCUUGUUGGCUGGAGACCGGAACCCUGCACCCUCCAUGGGAAGCUCAUCCCCACAGCUGCAGAUUAAGUCUUCCUGCAAAGAGAAUCCUUUCAACCGGAAGCCAUCCCCCUCUGCGUCUCCAACUGUAAGGAAGGCCACCAAAGGAGCCAAGCCUGUGAGGCCACCUGCCCCCGGACACGGCUUUCCGCUCAUCAAACGCAAGGUCCAGGCUGAACAGUAUAUUCCUGAGGAGGACAUCUACGGUGAGAUGGACAACAUCGAGCGCCAGCUGGACGCCCUGGAGCACAGUGGGGUGCUGUUGGAGGAGAAGCUGCGUGGGGGGGCUCAUGAGGGCAGCGAAGACGACAUGCUGGUGGACUGGUUCAAACUCAUCCACGAGAAGCAUCUUCUAGUGCGGCGGGAGUCGGAGCUCAUUUACGUCUUCAAACAGCAGAGCCUGGAGCAGCGCCAGGCUGACGUGGAGUAUGAACUCCGAUGCCUUCUCAACAAGCCAGAAAAGGAUUGGACAGAUGAGGAUCGGGCCCGAGAGACGGUGCUGAUGGAAGAACUCAGGACCCUCAUCGAGCAGCGAGAUGCCAUUGUGAACUGCCUGGACGAGGACCGGCAGAGGGAAGAAGAGGAAGACAAGAUGUUGGAAACUAUGAUUAAGAGGAAAGAUUUCCAGAGAGAGGCGGAAUCCGACAGUAAGAAGAAGGGCAAGUUCAAGACCAUGAAGGUGCUGAAGCUUCUGGGAAGCAAGCGAGACGCCAAGAGCAAGGCCCCCGCCCCCGGGGACAAGAGCUGACAGCAGAGGAAGCCACGCCUUCCUUUCCUCUCCGGGAGCCUUGAGGCCAGAGCAGCUGUGCUGCUGCCCGCGGACCUGCCAAGGGGGAUGAUGACCUUGGGAGGGAGUCUCUGGGUGACCUUUGCCCUCCUCACUGGUCUCCAGCUGGUCUGGGCUAAAGAUUUUUCCUUCUUCCCUGUGUCCCAGAUGGCUGUGACUUAGCCCAGCCCACUUGGAUUCUGACCCCAGAUGCUGUGCCGAGCCUGGGGUAAGCGAGGUGCAGGCUCCAGGCAGAGGCAGUGUCUCUCCUUGUUGCUCCCUGAACCAGGCCAGAUGGGGUCCUCACCACCAGCCCUGCUCACAGCAGGCCAGCAGCAAGGUUGGCUGCCUAGCUUCUUCCUUCCCAGCCCUUCCUCAGUCCCCACCUUCCUGUCUAGCGCAGAUGCCCAUGAAACUCGUGCCACCUCACUCAGGAGCUGUAUUUAUGAAGUCUGAAGUCCAGCCCCUCAGUGAGUGCUCUGUGCUGUGUCGGAAGGGAAUGGGCUGAUGACAGUUCCGGUUCCGCUCCCUCAUCUCCCUUGCUAUGUGGAAUCUUUGUUCACUACACAGGGACCUGCUGGCUGUGCUGGGGCAGUGACUCCAGUUAGCCUAAGGGAUGCUUUGGGAAACUGUCCCUCAUUCAGGCUCUCUGCCCCACCCCAUGCCUCGGGGAUGUGCACAUUCCUUUUUGUGGUUGGUGCAGUACAGUCUGUCGUUUCUCUUGUCUGUUCCCUCCAAAGUCUGCUGGCUACGCACCACUGAGUGACUCUGGGAGCACCUCUUUUCACUGGGGGCGUGCCUGCCAGGCAGCUUAUGGCCAAGCACUGUUCUUACACCUAGGAAGGAACUCACUGUAUCUCAGUUGCCAGCACCCUGCAACCUUGGGCUCAGCCAUGUCUGUGCCCUCUUGCCUGACUGGGCUGUCCACUCAGUUGAGAACCUGACCCAUGUAGCCUUUUGUAGUCUCUCCAGAUACUCUUACUCUCCUGGAGCCAGGGCCACCACCUCAGAGAUCUUUCAGAGGAGCCCCAUGACCCAGGUGCUAUAACCCAAGAGAGGGCUCUACUAGGCUGUCUUGGUGUCAGGGAAAGUUUGGAUCACAGUGGAACAGAACAGCCUUCUCAUAGUCACCUGUGUCCUGUUAACAUGGGCCCAGGGUUGCCAGAUCUUGCCCAUUUUUCAGAAGAAACCCAGAAUCCAGUUCUCCUACAGGCAUAAGCUGUAAAUGCUGACAUCAAAGUUGAGUUUGUCACAGUGGCCUACAUUUGGCCUGGGUUUUCCAUUGUGCUAGGCCUGCAAAUUAGAGGACUUGCCUCUACUGAAUGAACCCUUAUCUGCUGGCUGCUGCAUAGUAGACAUGUUUAUUCAAUCAUAAGAACACAGGUCAUAUGUUCUAUUAGAAUUAUGGGGAACUUCUAGCAGGUGCAGGAAAUAUUUUCAUUUAUGGGAACAGGAAAAUGACAGCAUUGGUGAAGGUCAGGCUGCUCAGUGUCAGCAGCCUAAAGAAAGGACACUGGUGUACCUGGUGGGGAACACGGGGUGUGCCGGCUGGGGAGCACGGGUGUGCCAGGUGUUGAGCAGGGCUGCUCUCCUUGUCGGGUGCUGCUUGACCUUCAGGCUGAGGCCUCUGGGGCCCUUGAGAGGAAGAGUGGCAUCUCCGGAGCCCUUUCGGGACCGAUCCCUCCAUUUCAUUUUUUCUCAUAGUCUCUGACUGGUGGAAGCCAUAAAGCUGACCUUUAUCCCGAGUGGGCUUCUCUGCAGGUAGCUGUGUGGUGGAAUGUCUUGGUGAACGUGAGUUUCCACACUGCAGUCCUGAAGGUCGGCGCUAGCUGCGGGCUGCUCUGAACCUUGUUUCCCUUUCUUCUGGACAGGUUCUGAUUCUGAACAAAUAGCAUUAUCCCUGGGGAAACAGGGUGGUGCAUGCAGGGCAAGUGAAAUGUGUUUUAUUGGCUAGUUAAUCAUUGUGGUUAAAUAUUUACCCAAGGCUGCAAGAAGGCUAACACUUAGAUCCCAAUGGAGAGAUCUAAGGAAGGGAUCAAGUUCACUUUGAGGUUCAGAAAAGCCAAACAGAGCACCUGAGGGCGGGGGAUGGGGGUGGGGGGCGCCCUUAGGCACACGGCCAAGGUGCUGAGCCUGGGGCUUUCCCCUUCAACAGAGUAGCUAUGACAGUCCUUGGAAGUCCCACUGAGGCCUCUGCAUCCCCGGGCAGUGACUAGGACACAGUCUCAUGCCCCAGGACAGUGCCAGGUCAUGAUCUGGCAUGGACCCUGUGGUGGACAGGCCUGGAGUUGACACUGCUUGGCGGAGUCAAGGGCCCUGGUUCUGGCUGUUGGGCUGGGUUGGUAGUCUCACUGGGCGAACCCGCCCUUGUCUUGGGUUAAGUGGUGGCGAGGGCCUUCGUAAGCUCCAUGCUCCUCCUGCGAUCAAUGUCCUCCAUUUCCCGUAGUUUCUGCAAAGAACCACCAGGAAGAGCUGCUGUCAUGGCAGACACCAAGAUGCUAACUGUCCUAGUGCUAGUGGGGCUCCUCCCAGUUGACGCUACUCUUCCCCUCUGGUGGGCUCGCCUACCUGGGAGAUUUCAGCCAGGAUGAUUCCUCGGUAUUGCUUGCCCUGUCCCAGAGCCUCCAUGGCAGCCAAGAAUUCUUUCCUGUCCUGGAUUUCCUUCACCACUGCACAGAGGGGAGGGGCCAUCAAACCACAGGACAGUGGAAGUGCACAAGCUCCCAGGCAGGCAUGGUCUCUGAGGGAUACUGGGUGUCUGUCAAGCUAUGUUGCUCUCUUGUUAGCCCCAUCAGUUACACACACACACACACACACACACAGGCUCACAUUCGUCAAACCGGUCCAGCUCAGGAGCCGGGUCUUCUUUCCGAACGUUGGGACCCUUUUUCCGUUCCUCCAUGUCCUUUCCAGUGGCAAAGAUAUUUUGGAGUCUUCGUUUCUCUUUCUCCAGAUCUCCUGUGGGGGCCAGAAACAAUCUUGCUAAGGUGCAAGGCCUGGUCCUGUGUUCCCAUCACCUGUGUGCACUGAGGGUAUCUGGGCUGUGAGGAGUGGGCCUCUGUAGAUGCCACACUUCCCUGGCUGUUCCUGAGCAGGACACGUGAGGCCAGCAGUGGAAAUACCCAAGAACAAACACCAGUGCAGAGAUAAUGGGUAACCCAGAAAUGCAGGCCUCCGAAGUUGCCUGUGUGUGAGGAGCUAUGGAAAUGUUAGUGGGUCUGGGCCAAAGGCAGUGUUAGAGGAGGAGGGGCUCCCAGAUGUGGGCUCUGAUGCAGAGGAGAUGGACUUGAGGGAACAGGAGGAUAAGCAGCUGACAGCCACAUGUCCCUCUGGGAUUAGGAAAACUGGAUUAGUUUGGAAAAAGUUCCAGGAAGAUAAAGAGGGCCACCUGACUGGUUUCCUGCCUGGGUUUGUGACCAGCUUACUUGAGUGAUGCUGUCUGUCCCAGGCUGAUGUGACCCCAGGAGAAAGCCCUAAGCCCAGCCCACCACUUACGGGUGGCCUGAGGCUUGAAUUGAUCACGACUGUACGCCCCAUUGGCUUGACACAAGCUGGCAGGCCUGAGGUGAGAGUGGGCAGCCAGGAUGGGAGGCAGGUAGACGGCUGAGGCCUUCUUGGAGGGAGAACCCCUCUGGCUGGAUGUCGGGUUGCACUGCAGGGGCAGAGGGGCUCCUCCUGGGGACACAAGGAGCAAGUACGGGCACCUGUUUGGCUUGCUUUCCAAAGAAAAUAAGGGAGCUGCCUAUUAGGUGUUCGCUCCUUGUUCUUGAAGCUUCUAAGACAUAUCCAAGGAUGUUUCGUUUGGCAUGUACACAGACGGUUCUUACACUGGAUCAUGCCAUGUGGUCAGGGACAGAUCUUUUCACUUACCAAUUUAUCAUGGCCGACUUCCUAUAAGCACAUUUGUACGUUAACUUAUUUUUUUUAAUAGCUAUGUACUAGUUGUUAGGAAGGUUACAUUAUUUAUUCAGCUAGUCUACUUCUGGACCUUUUGGUUGUCUCUGGGUAUUUUAUUUCUUUUUUGUUGGCUGGAAUUUUACUACUUCAACAAUGCUGCAAUAAACAAACAUUCUUACACA